GCUCCUGAUGGCGGCAGCAGCGUUAGUGACGCAGUGUCCGCGUGCUCCACCCAACUGCCAGAGCUGAGCACAAAACAACUCCGCGAGCGCUGCGCGAGUCAUGGCGGCAAAGAGGAUCUCCUGAAGAACAAACUCUGCGCAAACUCUCGCCAAAAGCGUGUAACAAGCCACCGACGACCGUCUGGAUCUCAUACAAACAACAAAAAGUCCGCCUGACGAAGGAAUUAUGGUCACCAAGUGUCGACUUUAAAGCUAGCAGAGCGCAGCUAGCUCAAGAGUUUGGCGAACAGUGUGAAUAGAGUGUAAAUAUAGUAAUACAUGUAAUUUAAUACAAAGUAGUGUGAGAAAAAUAACUCUUUAAGUGUCUCUCCGAGAGUUUAUUCGCUGUGUAGUGUGUCUGUGGACGGGUGGAGAUGGCUCAGUCGCCGGUAGCUGUUCAAGUUCCUGGAAUGCAGAACAGCCGAACAGACCCUGAGGAGUUGUUCACUAAACUAGAGCGUAUCGGGAAGGGCUCGUUCGGUGAGGUGUUCAAAGGCAUCGACCGCCGCACUCAGAACGUAGUGGCCAUCAAGACCAUCGAUCUUGAGGAGGCAGAAGAUGAAAUCGAAGACAUCCAACAGGAGAUCACUGUACUCAGCCAGUGUGAUAGUCCUCAUGUCACCAAAUACUAUGGCUCUUACUUAAAGGGUAGUAAACUAUGGAUCAUAAUGGAAUAUCUGGGAGGAGGUUCGGCUCUGGACCUGGUAAGUGCGUUGACUUUAUCUGCGAGUGAUCAUGAGCUCUACACCCUCAAGCUGUUUUGUGUGUGUGUGUGUGUGUGUGUGUGUGUGUGUGUGUCUGCCAACGUGUUGUUGUCUGAGUCUGGUGAGGUGAAGCUGGCAGACUUCGGUGUGGCGGGACAGCUGACAGACACGCAGAUCAAAAGAGAGACGUUUGUAGGUACACCGUUCUGGAUGGCUCCGGAGGUCAUCCAGCAGUCUGCCUAUGACUCGAAGGCUGAUAUUUGGUCUCUUGGGAUCACUGCCAUUGAGCUGGCCAAGGGCGAGCCCCCGAACUCAGACAUGCACCCCAUGAGAGUGCUCUUCCACAUCCCCAAGAACACACCACCCACCCUCAACGGAGACUUCUCCAAGACUUUCAGAGAGUUUGUGGACUCCUGUCUCAACAAAGACCCUACAUUUAGGCCAACAGCAAAGGAACUCCUGAAGCACAAAUUCAUCGUUAAAUAUGCCAAGAAGACAUCCUACCUCUCCGAGCUCAUUGACCGGCUGAAGCGCUGGAAAGCCGAGGGUCACAGCGACGGAGAAUCGAGUUCUGACUCCGACUCAGAGCCCAGCAGCAAGGACAGCGACUCGUCUCCUGAGUGGUCCUUCACCACCGUCCGGAAGAAGAAGCCGGAAAAGAAGCAGCCCAAUGGAAUGGACGAAGAACUGCAGAAGAAGUCAGGCAGUUUAACCACCGUCAUGGCUCCUGUUUUUUCAGAGCUAAAAUCGCAGCACAGUGACGAUGACACGACGAGAGUUCUGGAGCAGCUGGAGAAGAGCCUGCAUGUGGCUGAAGACAUCUGUCCGGGUGUCACAGACCGGAUGAUCAGCCACAUCCUGGAGAGGGUGCAGAGGUUCUCUAUGAGUUAGUGCUGCAGUGAGAAACGCCACCCUUCUGCUGUCAGCCCUGAUGACUGCACCUUAACACACUCACACAUGUACAGAGACAGGAGGGACGCGGGGUCACACACACACUAUCUUAUCAUAACCAAAAGGAAUUCUUCUUUUUUUUUUGUCCCAAA